ACUGCCGCUGUCGGAUGAUUGCGCGCAGUCUGGAUGGAGGCGAGUCUCUGCCCAUGGGGGAGCUGGUGUUUGAUCAGACUCUGGUGGACCCUGCGGUCGCAGCUGGAGCUUUACAGAAAGAAGGAGUGCUUUACUUCACUAACCCAGCCAACUCUCAUAGCAGAGUUGACCUCACCCUUCGCUGGUCUCUGAAUCGUGGUAAAUCAUGGGUGAAAGAUACACUGAAGAUCUGGGCCGGGCCAAGUGGAUACUCCUGUUUGGCAGCACUUAAAGGCAAUGGAAGCCUCUGGCUGGUGAGUCUUCGGAGAAGCUCACCGCCAGCCCAGUACUUGCGUCAACUAGGCCCUUUACUGAGAUGUGUUCUGCACAUCAACUAUGAGCACUUGACUCACCUGCUCCAAAGCUCAGUGGUUCCAGUCACAGUGUUGUAUCAGUUGUCUGGGACAGAUACUCCUAGUCAGGGUAAGAACGUUCUGCACAAAUGA